ACUUUACCUCCUCAACGGUGCAGCAGGCUGUUACCAGCUAGAAAGCCAAAAGGGUCACAAUUCGGAAAAAAAAUAAGUAGUAUGACCCGGGGAAGUAGUUCAGAUGACGUUAAUAUAAGAUGACUUGUGGAUGGCUAGAACAUUAGAUAGAUGGCAAAAGGUUGCAAAAGCAGCAGAAAAAGACUGUUCAAGACUACUGUUCACUUCCUGUUACAACCGGACAUUUUUACCACAUUUUACUGCAUUCAUAACCAACAGUUGCCAUUAACUUUUCCUAAACCUAACCAGACCGUAGUACGUAUCCUGUUCAAGUGGGGUGACAUUUACCUGCUGGUGAGCAUCCUCGCACUGGAGCCAUGGAUGUUUGUCCCUUCAUCCCCGUCCAGAACGUCACCAUGGAGGACUGCGUCACCUGCGCCAACCGGUUUGGACAGAAACUGGCAGACGUGCUGCACGUGCCCGUUUAUCUUUACGGAGAAGCAGCACGAAAAGAGACGAGGAGGAAUCUUCCAGCUGUGAGAGCCGGAGAGUACGAAGCUUUACCCGACAAGUUGAAACGUGACGAAUGGGCUCCGGACUUUGGCCCCGCCUCCUUCGUACCGUCCUGGGGCGCCACGGUAACGGGAGCUCGCAAGUUCCUCAUCGCCUACAACGUGAACCUGAUCGGCACCAAAGAGCAGGCGCACCGCAUCGCGCUGGACGUCAGGGAGCAGGGCCGAGGGAAAGACCAGCCCGGGCUGCUCAAGAAGGUGCAAGGAAUGGGCUGGUACCUGGACGAGGCCAACAUCGCCCAGGUGUCCACCAACAUCCUGGACUACGAGCUGACCCCCCUCCACACUGUGUACGAGGAGAUCUGCAGGGAUGCUGAGGACCUGAGCCUGCCGGUGGUCGGCUCUCAGAUCGUUGGUCUGAUCCCUCUGAAGGCUCUGCUGGACUCUGCAGACUUCUACAUCAGCAAAGAGCGACUCUUCAUCAUCGAAGAGGAGCACAAAGUCCGACUGGUGAUCAGUAAACUCGGCCUCGACUCUCUGGGUCCCUUCAACCCGAAGGAGCGAAUCAUAGAGUACAUGGUGAGGUCACAGGAGGACGGAAGCCUGGUGUCUCUGUCUCUGCAGCAGUUUGUUCGGAGUGUCGGAGCUCGAACUGCGGCUCCGGGCGGAGGAUCAGUUUCUGCUGCUGUGGCCGCUCUGGGGGCGGCACUGGGUGCUAUGGUGGGCCAGAUGACGUAUGGGAAGAGGCAGUUUGAGAACCUGGAUGGUGUGAUGAGGAGACUGAUUCCUCCGUUCCAUCAGGCCAUGAACGAGCUGCUGCACAUGGUGGAUGCCGACUCCUCCGCUUUCAACAGCUACAUGGCAGCGCUGAAAUUGCCAAAGAGUACUGCAGAAGAAAUAAAAAGACGAGAAGCUGAGAUGCAGGAGGGUCUAAAGCGAGCGGUUGGCGUCCCGUUGGCUCUGGCCGAGAGGAUCAGCGUCCUCUGGCCAUCCCUCAAAGAAAUGGUUGUCUACGGAAACAUCGCCUGCAAGUCUGACGCUCAGGUAGCAGCUAAAGCUUUGGAGACGGCUGUUUUUGGUGCGUACUACAAUGUCAUGAUCAAUCUCAAAGACAUCACAGACGAUGGCUUCAAACUGGCUACUCAGAAGAGAGUGUCAGCGUUGCUGCAGGAUGCGAAGAGCAGUGCUGCUGCCGUCCUUGAUGCUGCUGAGAAGAGAAAUUGAAAGUACAAACUGAACCUGACUUAUUGAAGAUGGGGAAAUAAAGCAAAGUUGCUGUUACGUUCAAUUAAAAUAAAUUCUACAACACUCUA